AUGGCGCCUUUCCAGAGGGACGACAGAUUCUUCACCAAGGACUGGAUCAUCACGCUCCCCUCUCGCCCAGAACCAAAUAUCAAAUUCAUCCGCCUGACACCCGCCGAGACAGAAGCAUUUAUACGCUUCGCAGAAAAAGUGGUCAUCCCCUCGGCCCUAAACACCGCCGAAGCCCCUCUUGCCGAGCCUCCAGCUCCAGCCCCCGUCCCUGGAGAAAGGAUGCAGAGGAACUACGCCGAUUCCCGGACCCGACACCACGCUCUCGACGUCUUCAUGUCAUUAGAGGGAAAGUUUGUAGGCUGGGGAGCUAUCUAUCAGAUCACGCCCUCGGGCGAAAAGCCGAGCAUCGCAAACGUAGCUAUCAGACUAAGCCCUGAGAUCCAGGGCAAAGGGCUGGGAAAGGUGCUGAUGCAGGUCUUGCUGCGGUUGAGCAAUGAAGUUGAUGUGGAUAUCAUUGAGGCGGGUACUAUGAAGUAUAAUAUUCCAAUGAGAGCAUUGGGGAAGAGUGUCGGCUUGGUCGAGAUGGAGGAGGCGAAGGAGCUCCCUGGGCGAGGCGUUGUUGCUGAUAUACUGUUUAAGAAUAUUGAGAGGGAGAAGUGGAGAGAUCUUGACAUGGUGGUUGAGUUCAAGGACCAGGCUGUAAAUGAAUAA